AUGGCGCGGGACGCUCUUGUUACGGGGUAUGAUGACCCGGUCGCUGAGGGCGAGGGUGAGGCUGAUCGCAGUCAGAAUGAGGCGAAGGAUGAUGCGGCUUUGCUGCAAACUAUGGGUUAUAAGCCGGUUCUUCAUCGAACAUAUACCCUAUUUGAGAACUUUGCAACUACCUUUGCUGCGUUGUACUUCGUUGGUGGCGUGCGUGUCACGUACAGCACUGGUAUCGCUGCUGGUGGAAACUUGGCCUACUGGACUAGUUACUUGGUGACUCUGGUCUUCACCUUUAUCACAGCGGCCGUUGUUGCCGAGGUCUGCUCUGCUUCUCCGUCCGCUGGAUCUAUUUAUCUUUGGGCUGCGGAGGCUGGUGGUCCGACAUUUGGUCGUCUUCUUGGAUUCGUCGUUGCAUGGUGGAGCACGACGGCAUGGACUACUUUCUGUGCUAGUAACACUCAGGCUGCGGCCAACUAUAUGCUUGCUGAAUUAACUGUGUUCAAUGUCGACUUUCCCAAGGACGCUGACAGCGUCAAGUUCCGCGCUGUGCAAUGGAUCUGCACAGAGAUUCUGCUUGCCCUGGCUGCGCUUCUGAACUUCUUGCCUCCUCGUUACUUCAGAUACGUAUUCUGGGUCUCAGCAGGAUUCGUCAUGUUGGAUUUCUUCCUGAACCUCAUCUGGCUGCCCAUUGGAGCUGCUCAAACCUGGGGCUUCCGCACUACCCAUGAAGCUUUCAUGACCACCUACAACGGAACUGGUGCCCCAGAGGGCUGGAACUGGUGUCUUUCUUACCUUGCCACAGCAGGUAUCUUGAUUGGUUUUGAUGCCUCUGGCCACGUUGCCGAAGAGACCAAGAACGCCUCUAUUACCGCUGCCCGUGGUAUUUUCUGGAGUACAGUCGCUAGUGGUAUUGGUGGCUUGGCUACUAUCAUUCUGUUCUUAUUCUGCGCACCUACCAAUGAUGUUCUUAUGAGCUUUGGAUCUCCCCAGCCUUUUGUCCCACUAUACGCUGUGGUUCUGGGCAAGGGUGGACACAUCUUCAUGAACAUCAUUUGCAUCGUCGCUCUAUGGCUGAAUACCGCUAUCGCUAUCAUCGCCGCAUCCCGUCUCGUCUUUGCCGUUGCCCGCGACGGAGUCCUUCCCUUCUCCGGCUGGGUCUCCAAAGUACACAACGGUCAGCCGCGCAACGCCGUCAUCGUAGUCUGGGGCGUUGCAGCUCUCGUCACCUGCACGAUCCUCCCAUCAAACGUGGCUUUCACUUCCCUCGUCUCAGCCGCCGGUGUUCCCAGCGCAGCAGCAUACGGCCUCAUUUGCCUGGGCCGCCUAUUCUGUACCCCGAAGCGGUUCCCCAAGCCCCAAUGGAGUCUUGGUCGUUGGAGCAAGCCUUUCCAGUUCAUUGGUGUCUUCUGGAACGGAUGGGUUGUUGCUGUCCUCUUCUCUCCAUAUGAAUGGCCCGUCACUGGAGCUAACUUGAAUUACGCUCCUAUCAUCAUGGCUGGUGUCACUAUCCUUGCUUUGAUCUCUUACUUCGUCAUGCCGGAGAGUGCCUGGCUUCCAAAUGAUCGUAUCACGCACUUUAUCGAUUCCAAGGGUGCUGUCGAGACGGUAGAGGAAGUUGAGCACCACAGCGAGGCCGAGGCUAGCAACACUCGAUGA